AUGAGACAAGGUCCUCCUCCUCCUCGUACAUCACAACAUAUGUACGGUGUACCACCAACUACUGAUAUUCCAAUUCCAUUGAAAAAUGGUCAAUUGUAUCAUAUUCAACAACAAAAUAAUGGUGGUGGUAAUGGAAAUGCAACGAUGGGACCAUCAAUAACGUCUCAGUCUAUGCAAUUGUAUCAACAACAACAACAGCAGCAGCAGCAGCAGCAGCAGCAGCAGCAGCAACAAAUAUAUAUACCGCCUGGUCUUGUUCAACAAAGAGAACAGAAUAUUCAACAGCAACAACUCCCGCCGCAAUCUCUAUACAAUCAUCCUUCACAACAACAACCACAGCAGCAGCAACAAGUCCCAAUACCAAUGUAUAAUCAAGUUCCACCUGGUAAUCCCAUACCGUCUUCACAAUAUAUGGUGCCGCCCAAUAUUAUUAAUAUCAAUCGAGUGCCUAUUAAUGCCUAUGCUGCACAGGUUUCAGAAUAUAUGGUGGAAGAUGAUUUUGGUGAUACUAAUCACAAUUAUAAUAACAAUAAUAAUAAUAAUAAUAGCACAAAUCCUAAUGGUCAAAUGAUCAGCGGAACCUUAAAUAUUCCAAAUUCUAAAGCAUCGAGAAACUCUAAAAGAGCAAUACAAAAUCGUAAUGCUCAAAAAGCUUUCCGUCUGAGGAAAGAACGAUACAUACGUCUUCUUGAAAACAAAUCACGCAAAUUUGAUGAAUUGAUGAAAGAAGUUCAAAGAUUAAAACUUGAAAAUAUGAAUUUAAAAAAUAGAAUAUGGGAAUUAGAAGGGAAAUUAAACGCAUAUACCCAAACUGCAACAGCUACAACGACAGUUUCAACUGCAGCUACAGUUUCAACAACUCGAGAGAAAAAUAACGACAAGAGCAAGAAUGGUGAAGGUUAA